AUGGAAGACGACCAAAGUGCUUGCAGGACGGGUAGAUCAGGCCCCGCUCGCCGCCCAUCUGGUAAAGUCCGUCUAAGUAUUAUUGCUAUACACGGUCUGGGAACUACCUCUCCCAAGACAUGGGAAGCUAUAGGAAACCAAGCAUGUGGUGUCCAAAGACCACGGGUCAAUUGGCUCAGUGACAAUGACAUGCUGCCCGAUGUCGUUCCCUCCGCCAACAUAUUUACCUUUACUUGGAAUUCGAAGUACUACGAGAAUGCGCCUGUUAUACGUAUACAUGACGUGGCAGAUGUCCUCUUGAGUAAGCUCCGAAGCCAGCGGGACAAGGGAAACACGCACCCAAGACCGCUCAUUUUCAUAGCUUCAUGCUUUGGGGGACUCAUCGUCACGAAGGCUCUCGAAAUCGCCAAUAUCACAGGAAGCGAGUAUCAGAAAUUGGUCGUUGCAACAUCCGGGGUUAUUUUCCUCGGGUCUCCUCUGCAAGGCACACGCGCCGGAACGGCAGCACAGUGGAGAGCCAUGCUCGCGGGUGUUCUCAACAAAAGCCCUUCACAGACGCUGCUUCAAGAUCUCGAUGGCGGUACUAAAGUACUACGUGAGACAUCAGAGCGAUUCGUCAAAAUGAUUUUAGCUCCUCCAAUGCAGACAAUGACGAAGUUUUUCUGGGAAUCCAAACGGAGUCAAUUAGCCAACGCAGUACUCCCACCCUCGAUGACAAAAUACUGGACAAAAACAAAGAUGAUUCUCGUCGAAGAAGACUCUGCUUGCUUCUUGGGACUUCCAAAACAACAGCUUGACGCGGCUCAUGUGAUGAUGUGCAAAUUUCGUGGCCCUACCGACGCGAACUUCGAGCUGGUUAGUAGUACACUCAAGGAAAUGGUGGGAGAAGCAACAAGAAUUACUCUUGCUCAACGAGAAGCUGUGAAUAUCCAUAAUGAGCAUUUUAUGGUUUCUCGACGAGUAAACACAGUGUUUACUGGCCGAGAGAAGGAGAUCAAGGAUCUUCAGCAAUCACUAUCCCCCUCUCGUCCGACAGACUCGCAGGCCACAGAGUCAAAGAUAUAUGUGAUCGAGGGUUUGGGGGGAGCUGGGAAGAGCGAAGUGGCUCUAAAGUUCGCAUAUGAUAACCGCGACGUGUUCUGGGGUGUCUUUUGGCUCGAUGCGAGCAGCGAAAAUUCACUCAAGCGCGGUUUCGUGGAUAUUGCCGAGAAGUGCGACCUGCACGACAAGAGCUUCAAAGGUGCCAGGUCGUGGCUCCAAGAGACCUCUCACUCUUGGUUGCUCAUUUUGGACAACGCCGAUGAUCUUACUCUUGACUAUAGUUUGUAUCUACCUACCGCGUCGAAAGGAAACGUCCUGAUAACUUCACGCAACCCAAAGUGUGCAAAUCUCCAGACGGCUGGGAAGGACCACUACGAAAAUCUCAGUGAAGAAACAGCGGUCGAGCUUCUCUUCAAAGCCUCUAAGAUUGACUUGAGCCUGUACAGGACUCACGAUGUUGAUGCUCGGAAUAUCGUGGGUCUUUUAGGCUGCCAUGCUCUCGCAAUCGUUCUAGCUGGAGCAUCUAUUAGCCAAGGAAUCUGUGAUCUUGAAGACUACGCGGAGACGUUCAAGAAACAGCGACAACGGCUUUGGGACAUUUCACCCGCCCUGGAAAAAUCGCGAUACGGCAAUGUCUACGCCACCUUUGAGGUCUCGGCUACUUACCUUUGCAACCUGAGCGAUCGGCAAAGAUCACAGACUGCGAUAGAUGCACUUGAGCUACUCAAUUGUUAUGCUUUCAUGCAUUUUACAAACUUCCCAGAAACGACAUUCAAAGAGGCGUGGCGGAACUCGAGGGAACUUCCUCCUGACGUACAGCCGGAUACAGAAGAGCGAAUUCUCGACCUUUCACCUUGGCAUAGAUCUCAUCUUCCAAGUUUUAUGCGGCGAGAUUCGUCUGAAGACCUCGACACGAUAUCCCUUCGCGAGGCCCAAUCUUUGCUCGCCUCUCUCUCCAUCGUCGUACUCGACUUGCCCGCACACACAACAAGAAUGCAUCCUGUCACGCAUAUGUGGGCUAGGGACCGCCUGGAGGAGCAGAAGAUUUGCACAAAUGCUUGGCUAGGCGCACUCGCUGUCCUUUGCUGUUCGAUCAAAAGUCCUGACGAGCAGGAAGCUUUGUACGAGCAGCAAGCUUUGUGGGUUCAGCUCCAGCCGCAUAUCGAGUUGAUCAAAAAACCUUCACCUGGUGAUUACCUCUACAGCAACAAAUUCCAUCUCCAUCAGUGUUUCUAUCGACUGAGCUGGGUUCUGCAUAAAUUACGAGCUGAUAAGGCGGUGAUUGAAAUGCUUCAGGCGUGUUUUAUAGAGGCGGAUCAGUCUUGGACCAAGUUUACCUAUGCUGAAGACAUUGGAGAUCUUUACGGUAUAUGCUUACGAAACCAUGGAGACAUCAAAAAAGCCAUACAGACGCUCGAAUAUGUCGCUAAGAUUAGAAAAGAAAAGCUGGCCGAAGACCAUCCUGAUCUACUUGAUUCUCAACAUGAGCUAGCCAUGGCUUAUCAAGCAAAUGGACAGAUUGGCAAAGCCGUUGAAUUGCUCGAGCAUGUUGUUAAGGUUAGAAAGAAAAUCUAG